AUGGCUUCUCGGGCGCGCCUGCCGGGCUCGCCGGCCUCGAUCGCCGUCCUCAUCCUCUCCUUCUUCCAAGGGUCGGUGUGCGGCAUCACGUUCACCUUCACCAACCGCUGCGACGACACGGUGUGGCCGGGCCUGCUGUCGGGCUCGGGGACGCCGCCGCUGGAGACGACGGGGUUCGCGCUGUCUCCAGGGCAGUCGCGCUCGCUGUACGCGCCGCAGGGGUGGUCGGGCCGCUUCUGGGGCCGGUCCGGCUGCGCCUUCGACGGCUCCGGCAAGGGCUCCUGCGCCACGGGCGACUGCGGGUCCGGCGAGGCCGCCGCGCCGGACUGCCCCGACACGGGGUGCCUCGUCGACCUCAACGAGCGCUGCCCCGACGAGCUCCGCGCCGACGACGGCCGCGCCUGCCGCAGCGCGUGCGAGGCGUUCGGCAGCCCCGAGUACUGCUGCAACGGCGCCUACGGCAACCCCAACACCUGCCACCCGUCGCAGUACUCGCAGCUCUUCAAGUCGGCGUGCCCAAAGUCCUACAGCUACGCCUACGACGACGCCACAUCCACCUUCACCUGCAACCACACCGAUUACACCAUCACCUUCUGCCCCAAAUCCACUCCGACCAGUGACAAAUCCAAACAUUCGUCGCGGAGGCCAAGCCACGAGCAACUGGAAGAUUCAGUGUGGCUUGCAUCCUUGAAGGCAAGUGACGCCAGUGCUCUGAAAAUAACGUCAUGGUGGUCGGCGUCCACUGUGCUCCGAUCUGCCCUGGCAAUUGCAGUGGUGACCUUGCUUGUUGCACAACUUGCACCGUAUCAUCCUAUGUGCGGAACCAAACUCAUCGGAUGCGUCUCACAGAAGACCGGUAGCAAGGGGAAGAGGUUCUACAAGUGUUCACUGCUUGAGCAUACCGAUUUUGCUUGUGGCAUAUACAUGUUUGAAGAACAGUAUGUGGAAUACUUGGUCGCCCAAGGCCAUCUUCCCCGUGGUUGGAGUCAAAUAAGAGGGCGAGACGGCAUGGCGCUGGAGGUGGUGAAGGCUGACAAUGACAUGGUGAAGGCCUACCAAGCACUAAUAGAAUGGCCUUCAAUCUGUGACUGUUGGGUGGACACAGUGGUUGUACCACUACAUUUCUUUGUCCUCACACUCUUUGGCUUAGGUGGGGGUGCAUCAGAAUCAUAG